AUGUUUGUGCAGGCUUCCAUGCACCUUGUUGGAAAGGUGGGAGAAGGGAUCUAUCGUGUUGGGGAUUUAAUUGUCGAAGCUUCUCGUCUUGGAGACGUUAUGUUAGCAGAUCGUUUCACUGAGCAGAUGGAGAGCUGCUCAGCAGCAGUAGCUGCCGGUGAUUUGAGCAUCUUUGACACCUCCCAUCUCGUUGAUGACAGUGGAGCCGUUGAAGUCGAUGACGACGAUGUUGACGUCGACGAAGGUGGAGUUGAUGUGGAUUGUGUUGAGGUAGUGGACGAUGUGAACGACGAUGUCGAGGUAUCACCAGCCCACAUACGUGGUUCGUUGUCGAAUGCCUCGGCGACGAGUAGUACUAUCGCCACACCUACCAACAGCAACCACCAAUUACGUCAUCACGCUCUCUCUCCUGGUUUGCAGCACCGACUCUCGCGAUCUCCGUUCGUGCCUGAGUCUGCUGGUCAGGCGCUGCGGUGA